AUGGAAGAUGGCAGGUCGGACCGAGAUGCGAGAGAGCAGGCUGCUGCUCGUGCUCCACCACCUCCACCUGAGCCAAGGGCUGAAGAGAAUGUACAAGACGCCCAGUGUCCAUUGACUGAGAAGUCCGACGAAGCAUUGGAGCUGGAGAGCAGCGAUUGGGACAUCACUUCAUUAUCUGGCCUUGGAGCGCUGCGUAUGCUCGUCAAUGCUCUGCAGACUCUGGCAGAUGCAAUGGGCGAUGUCCCGCCAACUCCACCAGUCUCUCGACCAGUGACGCCGAGGCAAGACGAUGACAUACUUCGACGUGCAUCAUCACCGGAGACCACAUGUGCCAUGAUCAUCGGCUCGCCUGAAGCACAUCCGCAUGAGCCCAUCACGGUUACAGUGGGUGCAGAUGCCGAGGACACCACGGUCCAGAGGAUUGCCAUAGCGAGACGAUUCUUCUCAAAGACCGUACCACAAUUCACGCUCUCUGACUACCUUCUACGACUACAUCACUUCUGCCCGCAUUCUGCAGGCGUGUACCUGGCGGCUGCUGCAUAUUGUCAUCGACUUUGUGUGGCAGAUAUUAUGGUGCCCUCGACCAGCCGCACGGUACAUCGAUUGGCACUGGCGUCUAUUCGGGUUGCAGCUAAGGCAAUAGAGGACAACAAGUGGACGCAAGAGCGCUACUCGAAGGUCGGUGGUGUGAGCAGGGUCCAGCUCAUGAAUCUGGAGGUCUCAUUAUGCUUUUUGCUUGACUUUGAGUUGGGUGUCAACGAUAGAAUGUUGGCGAACAAGAUUUUCUUACUUCAACAGGCGGGAAGGCAAGGCUUAAGCACGCGAGGUCGCCUGAAUGAAGAAUUUCGAUUGAAAUUGCCUGCGAGGAUAAGAAGGAUGACAUUUGGUUCGUGA